GUCACCCUGAACAGCAAAGUUGGGGAAGGUUUAAGCUAAUGAUACAUGCAUAUUUUCAUGCAUAUUCAUGAGGGGGGCUUGAGGGGAGCAGAAUUUAGCAUAGAAUCGGGGCAAAGGUAGACAGAGUCCAAGCUUUAGUUGAUUGAAUUCAGGAGGGUUGAUAUCUUAAUUCCAUCCUCCACCUGGGUGGGGGGGGGGCUUUAGUUCCUGCAGAACUCCAAGAUAUGUUAUUAUGUAUAUCCCUUGAGGAACUAGGAGGCUGCCCCAAGGCUGCACUAUGGUUUCUUGACUGCUCUUACCGUGUUUCUGCAUUCCCUCCUUUAAGAUCAUUAAUUACUGAGAGCUGUUCAAGGGCAAGCGUUGCAGCCAGCUUAGAUCACAAAAUGGGUUAGGCCAGAAUGGGUUCUCAAGAAAGUCAUUCUUUGUUCUCUUUCUCAGGGGACCCCCUAACCUAUCUGCUUAGACCGCUGCUGUUUCCAACGCGCGCGCGCUGAGAGAAGCCACCACUUAAGGCCACAAGCCUGGGAAUUCUCUUAUACGAGCCCGUCCUUUCUGUUAUCCUUCAAUAUUUUUUGUGCUCCUCUGUUGCUCACCUCAUUUGCACAUUACAUGGUGGGCCGGAGGGUGGGAUGAGUUCUUUUUUUGUUUUUUGGCCGCGCUGCGCGGUAUGUGGGAUGUAGGGUCUUAGUUCCCCCACCAGGGAUGCGCGAAGUCUUAACCACUGGACCACCAGAGAAGUCACUGGGUUGAGUGCGUUGACCCACAGGGCUCAAGGGGGUUUCUGGUGCCGUCAGAUCUCUUGUCUUUGCAUUCCAUACAUGGCCCAGAACUUUAAGCAACUGUGCACGGGCCAAAGAAUUCGUUUACCUGCUGUGGUUCCUCUGGGCAUGCUCUAGACCUGAUACACUGGCUAGCCCUUGAGUCUUGUUUGCCCUUUGUUCCAAUUCUGGUUGAUAUUGACUCCUCCCCCAGUACUAGCCACUUCCUGCCCACUGCCUCACCCCUAGGAGUCAACAGCAGUACCUUUGAAAUGGAGAUGCAGGGAAAAAAAUUACUUCACUCUACCUUUAGAUCUGAAAGUGGUCUCAUUUAACUUAGAGCUGGGCUUAUUUAUGGCUCCUCUUCCUCCCUAGCUUUCAAGUUUUCUUUUUUCCAGGAAGAGAAGGAAACCCAUCCAUAGCACCUGGGUUCUUCACAGCCUGGCCCCAGGUUAAUUACCUUUCUCCUAGUCUGCAUCUCAUGUACCAGGUGACAGUGAAGCCAGUGUAGGAUUUAAAGGGCAAACCUGGAUUCUUGUGUCAACUAACUCUGUCACCAACUCACGACAUGAUAUGGGACGUUUCAUUUCACCUUUCUGGGCCCUGCCGUUCUGCUAUAUCAAACAGGAGGCUGAACUUGAGGUAGUUGCUGGCAGUGAGAUGCCAUUAUAAAGAGCUUUCCCACUUCUCUGCCAAAUGCAACUAUGGUGGCUGACUUCCUUGCUAUAAUAAGCUCUGAAUAAAUAGCCGUCGCUUGUUCUCAGUUGGGAGGUCUUCCUUUAUUUCCACAACUUUCUUUAAAAGCAUAGCUUCCUGACCUGCUGUGUGAUGUUAGGAGUCAGUGACCUUCGAGGAUGUAGCCAUCUACUACUUCUCUGAGAAUGAAUGGACCGGCCUGACCCCUGCUCAGAGGGCCCUGUACAGGGAUGUGAUGCUGGAGGACUAUGGGACUGUGGCUUCCCUGGCAUUUCCAUUUCCCAAGCCGGCUCUGAUUUUCCAGCUGGGACGAAGCACCAUGGAGCUUGGCUCCUCAGGGAGCUCUGGAUGGAGAGGGCCCGAGGGGCAUCUCCUCAGAGUCUGUGUCCAAGAGUGAGAAAGAAGGUUUUAUUCUGAAGGAGGAUACUUUUGAGGAGGCACAGAACCACAUGGUGCUAUCAGGUGGACCCCAGUGCUGUGGUUCACAGGAAUUCUGGUUUGGAAAGACCUGUGAAGAGGAGAAAAGCAGGUUAAGGAGAUGGCCUGCCUACCCCAAUAGGGAAAGUGUGGAGAACACUACAUAUGACAUCAUAGAAGUGAUUGUCAAGGAUGAGAUGAUCUCAGUAGAAGAGCAUUUGAAAGAUGCUGAUGUUUAUACCCAUCUUGUACCUCAGAAAAGUCUAUGUGAGCAGGUAUUCUGUAUAUGUGAAGAAUGUGGCAAGUGUUUUGAUCAAAAUGAAGACUUUGAUCAACAUCAGAGAAUUCAUAAUGGGAAGAAAGUCUGUGGAUGUAAGGAAUGCGGGAAGGGCUUUAGUCAGAACACAAGCCAUACACAACAUCAGUGAAUCCACACCGGGGAGAAACCAUAUACAUGUAAGGAAUGUGGGAAAAGUUUUACUCAGAGCCCAGUCCUUCUUCGACAUCAGAGAAUCCACACUGGGGAGAAAGCUUAUGAAUGUAAGGACUGUGGGAAAGGCUUCAUGCGGAACUCGGAUCUUGCUCAGCACCAAUGGGUCCACACUGGAGAGAAGCCUCAUGAAUGUAUUGACUGUGGGAAAAGCUUCAUUUGCAAGGCACGCCUUACUCGUCAUCAAAGAAUCCAUACUGCGGAAAGACCCUAUAAAUGUAAUGACUAUGGGAAGGCCUUCAGUCAGAAUUCUGUUUUCAUUAUGCACCAGAGGCGACAUGCUAGAGAGAAACCCUAUAACUGUCAGACUUGUCACUUUCUUGAACAUUAGAGAAUGCAUAAUGGUGAUACUUGUUUAUAAUUCUUAUGCUACAGGAACCCCAGCCACAAGAUGAGAUGACUGCCCACAGUUUGCUGUAACUGUAAUAGCCAGUAUUGUCUUGCCCCUUCUUCUGAGUGGGUACCCUGUACCCCAGCAAGACUGGUCUCUCUGUUCAGCCAUAUUCAUACCAGGCAACAUUUAGUUGAGCACCUACUCUAUGUCAGCUCCUCAGCCCGUAGCAACUGACCUCUGCUCCCACCAAACUUCUUGAACUGAGGUUACUACCAGCGCCUGGCUUCCUGAGCUUCAUCAUCUACAUUCCCGAGAGUGUUACCUUUCCCUGAGACAGGAAUAAAAGAGGUCAGAUGACGACAGCAGUGUCCUUAACAGCCAGGCCCCAGCAUCGUCCACUUCCAAACUAGCUCUGAUCUCUCGUCUUGAGCAAGGGAAAGAGUCACGUUUCACCCAGCCCCAGGGACCCCUAAGCAGGAGGAACAGGAGAGCAGGUUCUACAGGUAUGAAUGCUAUAGAAAAAUAGUUUUGAACAUGCAAGAACCCAGAGACUAUUAUACCCAUGAGUACUUCUUGAGAAAAUUAUGGAGUUUUAACUUCAGUCAACCCAGAAAUAAUGGAAAACUAGGGCAAAGGGGGACAGGCGUACGCAAAGAAUAUAUUUAACUGAAGAACUAAGACCAAACAAGUGCAUCUUGGCUCUGGAGAAAGCUGCGUGGCAAGAGGCGGUUGGUGGCGGCAUUCUGCCUCUUAAUGGCUCUGUCUGUGGUGGCUGUCACCCGCUUCCCUCCACAGCACCCAGCCGCCAGCCCAGACCCUGGUCCCAUGGAGCCCCAGCAGGUAACUGGUGCCCCUGUCCCCCAGAGCAGGCAGGCUCUGAACCCCGGCUGGAGGCAGCGGGCAAGAAACCUGAGGUUCCGGAGAGGCCGGGCCUUGCCUGGGAGCUCCAUCCUGGUGUGUGCUGAGGAGCAAGGCCACGGAGGGAGCGUGGACAGCAGCAGGCAGUCCCCAGGCGUGGACAGCAAUCGUCCAGGGAGGGUCAAGAGGGGCAUUACUUUGGCACCUCCGGGAGAUUUGAGACUCAGUACCCAGCAUCUGGUGCACCUGAGGGAGGAUGAGGUCAGGGGUCCAGGAGCCAAAGACCUGGACCUCCCCUGGCACAGUGGUCCCCUCUGGGAGGCACAGAGUGAGACGGGCACCCCAGAUGGCCCCCUCGCAGGGCACAACAUGGCAGCAUUUCAGACUUGGAGAGCUACUGCUGGACCGACCCUCUGGCCUCAUCCGGCAGAAGGCAGGGAUCUGCCAGGAGUGAGGAACAGAGCCUUGACUGGUGGACGACAAGCAGGGGGUCCCUCCCCGGGCACGGGGGCUCAUCAGUGGCCUGGCUCUGUUGGGGAGCUGCAAGGAUCUGUGUGGUGUGACGCUGAGACCCCCUGGCUGUCGAGUGGCUUGAGGACCAGCGAGCAGGUGCCCCCGUGGCUCACAGAGCAGGAUGUGCAGACCCUCCAGCUGCUGGCGCAGGGGCAGGUGGUGGGCAAAGCCAGGAUCCCUGGCCACGGGCAGGUGCUGCAGGUUGGCUUUUCCGCCAAGGGUGCCCUUCAGGACCUGUCUCCGGGGCUCAGCCACCUCUGCUCCCAGGGGCUCUGUGGCCUGAUCAAGAGGCCUGGGGACCUGUCUGAGGUCCUGUCCUUCCACGUGGACCGCGUGCUGGGGCUGCGCCGGAGCCUGCCUGCUGUGGCCAGGCGCUUCCACAGCCCCCUGCUGCCCUAUCGCUACACGGACGGUGGUGCAAGGCCCGUCAUCUGGUGGGCACCCGACGUGCAGCACCUGGGUGAUCCAGAUGAUGACCAGAACUCACUGGCCUUGGGCUGGCUGCAGUACCAGGCCCUGCUGGCACGUGACUGCAGCCAGCCAGGCCAGGCCCCAUGCCUGGGCAUCCACCGUGCCGAGUGGGCACGCCUGGCACUCUUCGACUUCCUGCUGCAGGUCCAUGACCGCCUGGAUCGCUACUGCUGCGGCUUCGAGCCCGAGCCCUCGGACCCCUGUGUGGAAGAGAGGCUCCGAGAGAAAUGCCGGAACCCGGGGGAGCUGCGGCUGGUCCACAUCUUGGUCCGGAGCAGUGAUCUCUCUCAUCUGGUCUACAUCGAUAACGCCGGCAACCUUCAGCACCCAGAGCACAAGCUGAAUUUCCGGCUGCUGGAGGGCAUUGACGGGUUUCCUGAGUCUGUCGUGAAGGUUCUUGCAUCAGGGUGUCUACAGAAUAUGCUCCUCAAGUCACUGCAGACAGACCCGGUGUUCUGGGAAAGCCAAGGUGGGCAACAGGGCCUACAGCGGGUCCUCCAGACCCUGGAGCGGCGAGGACAGGUCCUGCUGAGCCACAUCCAGACGCACAACCUGACACUCUUCAGGGACGAGGGCCCGUAAGCCCCCCCACGGUCUGGGCGGGACUCUCACCUCACUGCAGGGGGAAGAAGGGGGAGCAUCUCACGACAUGACCUGAGUGGAUAAGUGCCCAUCCUCACGGCCACAUUUUCUUGGGUUCACCCGUCUUGAAGACAAAAGGGAAAAGCCAGAAAUCAGGAGGGCACCAUGGAUUCCACAGGAUGUGUCAUCUGCUUGGGAUGGUGGAGGAGGUGGUGGGUGUUGGGUUUUCAGUCUCAUCACAUUCUUUUCUGCCUGCUCAGCUCUGGCUAUUUACUCCCUUGCACCAAUAAAUACA